AUGGCAUCGACUUUUACACCAUCAAACACCAUUAACGCAUCAAAGGAGAAAGACUGGCCAGCCAGCCUCGGAUUGCUCGACUGGGACUCUACAAGCAUUGUAUUCACCAAACGUAGCCUCAUCGAAUUUCUCAAAUACACUGGUACAACUGUUGAUCCCAACUUCAAUAAUAUCGGGAAGCUUCCUCGGUAUGCCAAAUUCGGCACUCUUUCUGAACCCACAUUGGCAUUGGAAGAAGCCACAGAGGUGAAAGAACAGACAAUUGCAACGGAUGCAUUCAAGCCAACUCGACGAGUACGGACGGUGCCAGGAGGUCCUCACACGGAUAUCUUUGCGCACGACGAUGAGGGUGAUGCUCUUUCGAUGGCCCCACCCAAACCGGUUGAUGAACAGGCAAGCACAGCUUCUGCUGCGCCCGCCGCUACCGCAACAGACCCGCAGGAACAGGACGAGUCAGGAAUCAAUUUUACAUCAACUGUCAAGCCAAGCAGACGUGUUCGAACGAACCCAGGAGGGAACAGUAGCAUGUCAAACUUUUGGGACCCCGAAGUCCCCCAGGACUUCAAGCCAACCCGCAGAGUUAGGCAGGGACCUGGUGGCCAUGACAGCAUUAGUGAGAUUUUCUGA